UUUUUUUUUUUUUAAUAAUUGUAUUUAAUGGCUACUAAUCGUGAUAUUGUUAAGAAACCAAGACUUGAAUAUGAUCAGUCUGUAAUAAGUUCAGCUUCAUCACAACUUCCUUUUAGUAACUAUUUGUCAAAUUCACAUCAGCAUAACAGAAAACAUCCAGUGUUAUCUGAUAAAAAAUUGAUUGUAUAUGAUUUAAAAGUCGAUAGACCAGAGCUCGAUUUCACAUAUGAAGAAUCAGCCUUGCUACGAUUGAAAAAUGCAAUUCAUUCCAUUCAGAAUAAUCAAUUAAACAAUCUUGAAAGCCUUGAAGUGUUAUAUCAGUUGUGUGAAAAUUUAUGUCAAUAUGAUAGAUCAAAACAGCUCUUCAACCUAUUAUAUAACGAAUGUUAUAAUUACAUUAUGUCUCAAUUCGAAAUACUUGCAAGUAAUCCAAAAGAUGGAAUUGAAUAUUUACAAAUUGUUCAUUCAUUGUGGAACAGUUAUUGUAGACAGACAACACAACUUCGAUGUAUCUUUUUAUAUCUUGAUCGUACUUUUAUUGCGUCACAUACAAAGCAAGGAUCUUUCUGGAAUAUGGCGAUGAAUUUAUUUAAAGAGAAUUUUCAAAAAUACCAAAUUGUCUGGCAAAAAGUAUUAAAUAGUAUAUUAGAUAUGAUUAAACAAGAUAGAAUAGGUGGUGGUGGUGGUGGUGUAGAUGAAGCAUUCUUACAACUUAAUACACGUAUGCUAAUGGAUUUAAGUUUAUAUCAUUCAUCUUUCGAGCAACAAUUCCUUGUACAGACCCAAUAUUUCUAUGAAGAAGAAGGAAAUCGUUUACUGAAUUCAAUUGAUAUAUUUGAUUAUCUUGAACAUGUAUCUAUUCGAGUUCAUCAAGAAUCUAUCAUACGUAUAAAAAGCUAUCUUGAUAAAUCAACGAAAUCACAGUUACAACUAGUUGUAGAAAAUGAAUUAUUAACAAAGCGAGUGAAUGAUAUACUUAUGAAAUGCUUUAAAUAUUUUCAAAAUAUUGACACAUUUCAAGAACACGAUUAUGAUAAGUUUUCACUACUGUAUAGACUAUUACAGAAGGUAAACCAACUCGAAAUAUGUUCUAAAUACUUUGCAAAUUAUGUCAAGAAAAAAGGUUCAUCUAUUUUAUGUUCUAAAUCUGAUAUCUUUAGUAAAAUCGAAAGAUUAUCCGCAUUUGAAUCCCAAAAUGAUGAACUUGUAGAUCACAGUUUUGAGGGAGAUGAGAUAUUUGCUGAUAGUCUAAAAGACAGUACUGAAUAUUAUCUAAAUCUUCGUGAAAAUAAUGCAAUCAAACUAUUAGCUAAAUAUAUGGAUCAAUUAUUAAGGAAUUCAUCCUUUGACGAAGUUUUGUUAGAUAAGGGCAUGUUCUUGUUUCGAAACCUUCAAAGCAAAGAUGAGUUUGAGAUACUUUACAAGUGUAAUUUAGCUAAACGACUACUUCUGGGAAUCUCAAAUCGAAAUACAGAAAAAUUGGUAUUAGCGAGAAUGAAGAAGGAAUGUAGUCCUGGAUAUACAGGCAAAUUGGAAGGCAUGGUGAAAGAUAUUGAAAAAUCUGUUGAAUUAAUGAAAGAAUUUCAGAGUAAUGCUACUUUUGAUUCUUUAUCGUUAAAUAUGAAUGUUAAUUUACUUACUUAUGGAUUCUGGCCUUCUUAUACUCUAAUCAAUGCUUCUUUGCCCACUAUUUUCCUUAAAGCUCAAAAUGAAUACACGCAAUUUUAUACAAGUAAAUUUGAAAAGCGUGUUUUAACUUGGCAAAACGCACUUGGCAUCUGUGAAAUCAAUGCAAAUUAUCCCAAUGGAACGAAAAAAAUUACUUUGACAUUAUUGCAAACGAUUGUUUUGUUAUUAUUUAAUGAUCAAACAAAGCGAUACUUUUCAUUUAUGGAUAUUUUAAAAUAUACUCAAUUAGAUGAACUUGAACUUCAACGUAUAUUGAUGUCCUUAACAUGUAAAGAAUAUAAACUAUUAAGAAAAGUUCCUGAAGGAAAUGAAGAGAUCGAAUCAACAGAUCAAUUUGAAUUCAAUCAUGAUUUUAGUACUUAUAAAGAUCAGUUUUCAGUUAUUACAUCCACUUUAAGUGAAGUUAUUGAAAAGAAUUCUAGAUUGGAUACAACAAUACUUUUUGCAAGAGAACAACAAAUUGAUGCAGUCAUUGUUAGAAUUAUGAAAGCAAAAACGACUUUAACACACGGCGCUCUAUUAAAUGAAGUCACUCGUGUUGUUCGUUUUUCUAUUACUGCACAAGAAAUCAAGAAACGAAUUGAAGUGUUAAUUGACAAGUAAGUAACGUGGAUAGAAUAAAAUAUAUUAUUUCAUUAAUCCUAUCUACUUUUCAUAGGGAAUACAUAGAACGGGGAGCUGAUGACACUUAUACCUAUUUAGCUUAAAAGCGGAUAAAAUUGAUGUUUAUUUUAUUUUAUUUUAUUUUUUUUUUUUCGACACCUAAAAUCCAUUUGCUCUAAAAUUUAUAAACUGACCCC